AUAAAAUUAAGAGGGAGAGAGGAGGGAGGGGGGAAGCUCCAUCUUUUUCCGUACAGUUCAACCAAGAGGAGAGGACUGAACAAAGUGGUAAGUGAAGGCGUUGGGUUUUGGUUCAAAAUUCAAAUCUUCGACAAACUCGUCCCCAUCGGCCAUCUCACUCUCUUAUUUUUCUUCUUUUCUCUUUCCCCUAAUCAUUUUUGAAUUUCGAUUUCAACCAACCCCUUCUCAUUUCUCAACCCUAAUUUGCAAUUCACCACUUUCUGAUUCGAUCCCUGCUUCUAUGGCGGACGCCGAUUCUUCCACUCCUUCCUCUGCUCCUCUCUCAGCAAAAAAGGAGAAUCUAACCCCCAUUGGGUCCAAAAUUACGGAAUUGAAUGAAUCAAGGUCAGAGCUGCUUAAUAGAAUUCAAUCUCUUAAGCAGGAUCUCCAGAAUUGGAGGUCAAAGCUUGACACGCAAGUUAAUACCUACCGCAGUGAACUAUCUGAACUCAAGAAAUCACUUAAUGUUGAAGUAGAGCACCUUCGCACGGAAUUCCAAGAACUAAGGACUACCCUUCAGCAGCAACAAGAAGAUGUGACUACUAGCCUGAGGAACUUGGGUCUUCAGGAUGUUUCUGUGGAGAGUAACGAGAUUCAACAUCAACAUCCAGUGGAAAGCAGCGACAAGGAAGACGCAGACAAGGCGAAGAAGGAUGGCUUAACAGAGGAAAAGGGGAAUGAAGCUGAAAACUAAGUGGCAGUUUUAGCAUGUACGUUAUAAGUCUUUUUCCGUUGCAUGAUAAGUUAAACAUUAGCAGCCCUCUCUAGGCGAUGGAUUUCCACAAUUUUCUGUUUUGCAUCAUGCUCUAUUUAAAUUUCAAUCUUUGUAAUGAUGGGGUUUUUCUCAAUAUUUCCCAUUGAGGUUCUAUGAGACCUCUGCCCUUAGAGCUCUCUGGUUAUGUCUCUCUCUUUCUCUAAAUAACUAUGGAGUUUUUUGGUACUAUG